AUGUCGUACGCUGAAGACUUGGGUCAUGGUCCGACCAUUACAGCCCAUGUAGAGAGCAAUUUUUCAAACCACUACUACUAUUAUUACGACCUGGACGACAUCUACGUCUUGACCGGUGAUAUCGACAAAUACUCCAUCCCCGCCAUUUUCUCUUUCGGAAUUCCCGCUAACCUGGUGGCUGCGAUGGUGUUCUUCACCAAGACCUUCCGCCAGGCGUCUUUCGGGGUGAAUCUUGUGGGCAAGUCUUUAUCAGAUACUGUGUUUCUGGUUUGUACAUUAAUCGUUUGGCUGGAACAUGUAAACAUCCAUCUCCUUCAUAAUCCAGGCGUCUGUCAGAUGGUUGUGUAUCUUACGUACAUCAGUGCCUUUACAUCCGUGUGGUUUGUCGUGGCGUUAGCACUAGAGAACUUGAUCCGGAUUCGAUACCCGUUCCGGGUAGGAACGCUGUGUCAGGCACGUAAGGCCUGUAUUAUGGUCAUAAUCAUGUUGAUUCUGGCAUGCUGUCUCUACUUUCCAACUCUCUGGUUUAACAGAGUGGAUGAUAUCCAAGGACUGAACUUGUGCCAACGGAGCCUGGACAUGACCCUGAUAAGUUUAGUGUAUACAUAUGUGGAUUCCCUUGUCACCCUUAUCAUACCCUGCGGAUUAAUCGUCGUGUUCCUCGUCAUGACCAUAGACACAGUGUGGUCGUCCAAAGCUCGCAGUCUGCGCAUGUUCCGAGACCUGCGCGUCUCGUUCAGUGUUAUCAUGCAGCAGCAAGUCACCCGGAUGUUGUCGGCCGUAUCAAUAACAUUUAUCAUUUUGACAUUCCCCAGUCACAUGACCAGACUCGUGCUCUUGGUGAUGGUGUGGAACUACGACACCGCUGAUAUCACUCCACGCCAGUACUUAACCCAGCACAUUUUUCAGUUGUUGUACUACCUGUCUUUCGCAAUUAACUUGUUGACGUAUAUAGUCUUCUGCCCAAAGGUCCGUUACACCUUACGCCAGUAUGCCAAGCGGUUUUGUUCCUUCCCAAGCUCGGAGAAAGGUUUGGAAUUAAUGAGUAACUCGGUGAUACUAACGGACCAUAUUUCAUCUGGCAGUUCCGAUAACUUCAGAGGCAAACCUGUACGCAUGAUGUUAGAAGUUCGGAUUAAGUCUCUUUCAAGUAGUGCAAAUUCAACGCACGAAGUUGGCGUCACUAGCAGAGAAGGGACUUCAGAAUGA